AUGAUAUUUACCUUAGACUCAUUCGACGAGCGGCUAUCGGAGUUGGAGCGUGGAAUUAGACCAGUGCAGGCAUCCACAAGACAUCACCAAAUCAUUCACAGUAACGUGACCAAGGCGCUUGACGCGGCAACCUUCAUGAUCGAGCAAUACGAGAAGUUUCGAGAGGUCGCGAGAAUAAUUGAGGAUGGCGGUUCAAGAGAUUUAAUUAAGUACAGGCAAGCUUUAGACCGAUUGGCUGGCAUUAUCGCAUUCUUCGAGCGACACGCAGAACAAGAAGAUGCUUCGCAUGCGCUGUUCUGCGCGAAGAAGCUCAUUCAAGAAGGAAUACGGAACAUGAAAGAUGCUCUCAGAAAGGAACUUCUAGAACUGAACGAUAUUGACAUUUCCGACGACGUAAGGGGAAUCGACGGGAGUUCGGCUCUUGUCUCUCGCCUUGUUGGUUUGGUGCAAGCACUAGUGAAGCUGGGCUUUGCGGAAGACUGCGUCAAGAUCUAUGUGGAUGUGAGGAGAACGUGUGUUGAAGAGUUCCUACAACGUUCUCAGAUUGACUGGAAGUCAUUGAAAAUAGUUGAUCCUACUUCUUUGAAGUGGAAGGACAUGGAAGGGAAACUUCAGACUUGGAUGCACAUGUCAGCUGUGUUGACAAGCACAGUGAUGAGCACUGAGGGCCUCUUAGCAAUGAGAAUAUUCAAAGGCAUGGAUGUCUUGGGGGCGAGGGCUAAGACUGGGGCUUUGACUUACAUCAUGAAGAUUCUUGUUGACACUGGGGUUACCUUCACCAGUGUUCUCAAGUCACCUGAAAAGUUGUUUGCGACUCUUGACAUGUAUGAGGCCGCAGAAGAACUUUUGACACAGGUCACACUGGAGAAAUGGGAUGACAUUGUAAAGCGAGUUUCUUCGCUUAAGGAGAAGUUAUGCCUGGUGACUGUUCAAACCAUUCAUCAGCUCGAAGCAGCGAUUGAUAAUGAUGACAGCAAGCAGCUUCUGAAUGGCACGGUUCACCCUCUAACCAGCUACGUAAUUAACUACCUGAAGUGCUGUCACGAGCGCUCUUCAGUUUUAGAGCGGAUGUCUUUGGAAGUGGAGAGAGGACCUGGUUCGUUUUCACUGCUUACCCACUCGAUACUUGAGAUGUUGCUGAAGAACUUGGAUAAGAAAUCUAAACAGUACAAGGAUCCCAGCUUGGGAUGCGUUUUUAUGAUGAAUAAUGUUCAUCACAUUGUGCACCAAAUCCAGAGGUGCGAGCUUAAGGAAGUUCUUGGGGAGGUAUGGGCUCAACAACAAAAGAUAUAUGUUCAGCAGGCGGCUUCAGCCUACAGACGUGCUGCUUGGGGCAAGGUGUUCAGCCUAUUAUCUCUCAGUGGAGAAGCAGCUGGAGCAGUGCAAGCAGACGUGCAGUCGCUCAGCAAAGGCACUAUAAAAGAGAGACUCAAGUUGUUCAACACCACAUUUGAGGAGCUUAUUGCAAAGCAGCGUCUUUGGGCUAUUCCUGAUGCAGAGCUUCGCACAUCAGCCCAGCUUCUUGUUGGAGAACUGGUUGUCCCAGCUUAUCGGUCGUUUCUCUUCCAUGCGAG